AUGACUAUAUCUCGUUUUCCAACCAUACCUAAUUCGACACUUCCUAGUCAAUAUACGUUAACAACACCAGCUGAAUCAAUUCUAGAUGGUUUAAUGGUCGAAAAUUGGAAUGUCACCUAUUCGUAUGAGACUUAUUAUUUACAAUGUCGUCCGCCCUUUUGUUCGUUUGAUUAUCAGAUAAAAACUAAUAUUGGUUUCUACACUGAUCAUAUAAGUCAAUUUGAAAUUAAUCGAAAAACUCGGACAUCAAGCAUUUAUCGGUACCGCGUUCAGCAAGAAAAUCCUCGUAAGUUAUCUUCGGUUAACUUCGAUGUAUAUUGA